GAACAGCCUGUUUGGCGUCGCAAGACAGAAGAGGACCGAGAUGACUAAAACACCCGUCAUUCAUGCAUAGUAGUUUUUUCACCCGAUACAGACAGCCUCUGCUUUUAGGAUGUUGCAUGUCACGGAACGGUGUGUUCUCGAGUCGCGAGGAGCCUGAGGAGCGCGUGAGGAGCUCGAGCACCACAGCUGCAGCAGCGGAGCUCGUCGCCUCCCGGUAACAAACUGCCUGGCUAAAGAUUGCCAUGGAAACAUGCAGUUUGAGAGUGAGAUGAGAAAUGAUUGAGAGAACCAAUGUGUAAGGGAUAACACAAAGCAUGGCCACAGCAGCAGACAUGGAAUUAACUUCACUCCUGAAAACUGGGACUGUGUGAAGUCUGAUGGUCCAAUUCAUUCUGUCCACGUAUAACAUCGUGAGAGGAAAGAGAUCAAACAUCUUACCUGCUGAACUGGACCCAGCUUACAGUUAAACCUAACACUGAACCGUCACUGACUCAUACAUAAAUACGGAGAUCCUGAUCUGCAAUUUUGGGGGUAAUGAGCCGUCUGUCAGGUCGCCUGCGCUCUGGAGGUGUUCGCUUGAGUUGUGAGGCACUGGCUGACAAAGACUGCAGUGAUGAUGAGGGCCCCUCUCUAUGGGAGGGGGAUGAAGAGCCUGGGGGCACAUCUGUAGGACCCACCGAUUCCACUCCAGCCAGCUCAGUACAUUACAGCUUUUAUUCACCCCCCUCUUUAGCUAAUGGUCUACGGAACCAUGAAGAGCAACUUCAACGUAGGGCAAGGAGACGUCGGCAGACAGAAUAUGUGGAGCAAGAAAUACACAUUCAGCAAAACAUACAACAACCACAGAUGCACACACCCCAACACUCACAGUCAAGCACACACAUGCAGCCGCAUACACACAUUCCAAUGGAUAGACAUAUGUGGAUGGACGCAAGUACGCUAACACACAAGCGCACACCCACAGACACUGGCUCCUCACUUGUAGAGCUGGACCCCUCCCUUAUUCCCGAAGACUUGUCUUUACCUUCAAAAACUGAAACGCAUAAUGUACAAGUUCAGUCGGCCACUUUGUUACAUACCACUCCUCCCCCAAAGACUCCUCAGUCACCUCCUCAGUACAACCCUUCCUCUCUACCUAAGGAGGAGACAGAACUUAAUUCAACAUGUAAACCAGAAAUGGAUUGCACCACUGACCCAGACCAAGUUUGUGUAACAGGGCAAUCCACUGUUGUGACCUCUGUGGAGGCUGAAAGGAAGUACACCCUACGGAGCUCUGGCCGACCACGUUUCCCCUGCCAUCUUCGGAAAUCAUCCCGAUUACGUAGAGCUGCUGAGGAAAAUAUGUUCAAAAGGGAAUUGGACCAACAGGAUGAAGAAGAAGAGGAGAAUAGGGACUGGAGAAUGGAGGAAAUAAGGCCGAUAGAGGAGCAUCCCCCAGUGGUGUGUGCUGCUGCCUCAUCAUUUGAGGUUUUACCACCACCAAAUAUAUCAGCAAGUGUUACACCAAAUCAUAGCUUGAGAACAUCAGAGGGAGAGUGCAUUGUCACUCACUAUGCAGUUAGAGGGAAGCGACAGGGACGUUAUUCAGGUGUGAGAAGGAUUGUGGUUAAAGUAGCCAGAAUACCUGUUCAUAUGAGCCGACGACAGAAAAGCUACAAGAUUUCAUCCCUGGAGCCAGUGUGUGCUGCUCUACAUGGAGAAGGGGCCUCAACAGGAGAGGGGCCCGAGGGGGGUGUCGGAGGUGAGCCAGGAACAACUGUUUCCAGAGAGCCAACCGCACUUCUCCACAUGAAAAACAAUGGAAAGAGUGUGAUGGUAAUGUUUCCACCGGGAGAGCUUCCUGUAAUCUUGAAGCGACGCAGGGGACGCCCCCCAAAACAGGCAUUACCAGGACAACCUGACAUGCAUGAGACCAGAGCAGGAGCAGCCAGUGCAGCAGAGCCCAAAAAAAUCCGAAGGCGGCGAACAGUAAAGCUACCAUCUCCACAGCCCUCGUAUGUUAACGAUACCAAUGAUGUUAAAGUAGAAUAUGCAGAUGUCCUUUCCAAACUGGCCUUCUUGAACAGACAACCUCCCAGCACAGGCCGCUGCUCCCCUCCACGCUGCUGGACCCCAACAGAGCCUGAGACUUUCCACAUACCACCAGAAAAUCCAUCCCUUUCCACUCUUUUGCACCGUCUCACAGGAUUUCGCAGAAGAGGUGGCCGUGCAGGCUGUAUGGGGAGUAGAGGAGGGGGAGCAGCUGGAUCCUCUGAAUCUUUUAAGAGGUCAUUUAGUGACUUCUUUGAAACAAUUGGCAAAAAGCGUAAGGUCUCCGCAUCUGAACCAGGAACUCCUCGGAAAAGAGGCAAGGGUGUCACUGGGGGAAUAAAUAGGGCAGCUUUAGAUGACUCUGUACAAGGUGAGAAGGUUAAAAAACGCCGGCCACGAAAGAAUGGGGCUUCAAAAAAUUGUGCAGGUGCCCAAGAGCACGAUUGGCAAAAUGAGAACAGUAGUUGGAUAGGGAAAGGUGACAGAGACAUUCAUGAGAAAGCAGGUAGUUAUCAAAGUCCUUGCUCCCCUCGUGGAAGUUUUCAAAGCAGUGAGGCUAGUAAGGGUGGGAUGUACCACAGCCCCGGUAUGAGAGGGGUGUGCAGUGGAGAAGAGUCUCAGGGAAUGUUUGCAGGAUAUUUUCGCUCUCUACUUGAUUCUGAUGACUCCUCUGACCUGCUAGACAUUGGCAUGUCCAGCCCUGCUGGACGCCAGGAAGGCCGUAAACUCACCCCAGGAUAUGAGGGUGGCAGCCCUGGUGCAGCCCAUCGUUGGUCUCCUGCCUUCCCUAAAAGAAGUCCUAAAGGAGCCGCCUGUCUUGGGGAAGGGGCGCCAUUACCCUCACCCCAAACUCAAGGCAGCUCGGCAACUAAACCCUCAUAUUCAUUCAGUGUCUCACAGACUUCUCCAACUCCAUCCUUCCCUAAAUCCCCUGCACUCUUGCUUUCCCGUUCACCCAGCUCUCCACAUCCCUCUGGAGGUUUCCCUCUAUAUCCAGCUAGUUAUAGUGCUGGGGUUCCUCAAGGAGGAAGUAUUUACCCCCUCCCUCAACAGCAGCAGCAACAACAGCAAAGGCCAAGUGACUGUAGCUUUACAUAUGGUACAAAAACUCCCUCUGUUCCCUCUGCACAGUGUCAGAUGAGUUAUUCCAACUACCAGGGUUCUGCCAAGCGCAAUUAUAGUGGAUAUCCAGGCCCACCCCAUUCAAACAUACAGCGAGGGGACUCUGGUGCAACUUCACCAGGUGGAAGUUAUAUAUCAAUGUCAAAGUCUAGCCCCUAUUCCUUAUCCUCUUCUCCGCCUGAGGGUUGCAGACAAUACACCUCUACAGCUCAGUGGGGAUACAGGCAAGGGGGAAAUAACUGGGGUAGUGAUGCAUAUGGUACUCAGCAGUUUCAUGGUUACUCUGAUUAUGGUGUAGCUGGAAGUGGAUCAGAAUCCAAAGACAUUCUGGACAUCUCAAACUACACACCCCAAAAAGCCAAACAACGUCCCUGCCUUGACACACUCUCUGAAUCCUCCUCAGACUCUUCUCACACUGGUGGAGGAGGGAUGAAUGUUGUGGGGGGACCAUAUCGCCCAAGGGAUGUUCCUAUGCCUGAGGGUCAGUCUAGCCUUUCAAGCCUGGAGAAGCUAAUGCUUGACUGGAAUGAAAAUUCAGCAGGCCCUUCUUACAACUGGAGUCAGAAUGUACUAUUCCAAGGGGGGGCCAAACCAGGUCGUGGGCGAAGGAAAAAGUCUGAGACACACAAUGAGAAGGAAGCAUGCUCUGUUCCCCCAGGUUCACCUGCCAGCCCUCCUAUGCAAGGAGGACCAAAACGGAGUGCUACAGGUGGUAGACAGCCAAGGGGAGCAAGAGGCAGGGGAGGAUACUCUCCUUGCCAAAGAGAUCGUCCCCCUCCAAAAACCAAAUCUCAAAAGCCUUCAACCCCAUCUGGGUCAGGGCACAUGAGUUCAGGGGGUCUAUACCAAGAAGCAUUGGAUUACUACAGUGGCGAUAGUAGUAGCCUAUCACCUCUCAGCCAUGCCCCAGAGUCCUGUGAAUACCCCUCUCCAUAUUCUGUCCACACUUCUACUCCCUCCUCAGAUGAGAGAUUUGCUCAUGUCUUUCCUCCGGACUCUGCCUCUGUCUCCCCCAGUUUAUCAAAUCAGUCAGAUGCUCUAAAGCAGUACACUAAACCUGGUCCUCCCUCACAGACUUAUGGGCAUGCUGCCAGGACUUUUAGCCCAACCCUCUCCCCAACCCCUCGGCUUUUGCCGCAGUGUGGUUCUGCCAUGAGUCCGCAUCGGGUCCCAAAAGAGCAAUUCUCCCAGUAUGAUUCCCCAAGUUACAGUGGCUCUCCCUGCUGGUAUGGGCAAGGAGGAAGUGUUGCUGGCAGCCCCCAAAAUUAUGAGGAACAGCGACCACCAGCAGUCUCUUUGCCCUCCCACAAACGGGACAUGUCAUUGAUGGUCUCUGGGAUGAGAGUUACAUCCCAUUCAUCUUACCCUUCCCCUUUACAAAGGGGUCCCUCCAUGUCAACUUGUGUGAGUGGAACUCUGGACUCUUCGCCUCAGCAUGAUGAGAUGGCUUACCAUGGUAACUUGGACAACUAUGCACCUGUUGGACACCGUUAUGCACCCCAAACAGCCCGGGGAGGGGUACUCUGCCAGCUUCUUGACCAGCCAAGCGAUGAAGGCUUCACCGUCACCAGCCUGUAGUUGGAUUUAUCAUACCAUCGCUAAAGAGAUGAAAUGGACAGUACCCUUUUCAUAUUUUUAAUCUUUUGUAAAGGAUAAGCUUUGGGAGACACUUAGUGAGCUAGACUGAAGAGUUUCGGAGCUAUGGACUAAAUAAAGACUUCUCCAGCAGUGACAAUCAAGAUCCAAAUUCACACACAUGGACAGACGCAGAAACACAUGCACGGACACAAACAUUCACAUACUUGCAUAUACUUUUCAUACGCCGACUUGCAACUGCAAAUGCACGCACAAAACGUUUUGCAAACUAAUAUUGCUACACAGCUUGGGCUAGGGACUUAUUAAACAAAGAAUGGAAACCACUUGUAUCACGUUGAAACCAAUUUGAUGAAAUGCAGGGAACAACCUUGUCCCGUUCUUUUACAGUGCAACCGUGCAAAUGUGAUUCACACAUUCUCACAUUUCAGUGAUGCCCAAAAACUCAAACAAUGUGCAAGACCACACAAAAGGUUUUUGUCUACAUCCUGAACUUGCUCCCUUUUUGUCUGUUUCAGUCUCAAAAGCCUCCUCUGAUUUUGUCACUGGGGAGAUUACUUAAUCCUAAAGGUCCACUUCCUUCAGCAUCUAUGAAUGGUGACUGCACAAACUCUGCCCUCUUCUCAUUCUUAAGUUCAUCAUUUUUAAAUCAAAACAAAAACAGCAUUUGUACAUAAGCUACUCAAAGGGUUCGAUCACUUGAGGAGCUCACUGCUAUGAAAACCACCAAAUCUCCCGCUGAAAGAGAUAUGGUAAUGCAGCAAUGUCAUGACAGUGUUUUGGAACUGCUGUAAGAACACAUGAGGGAAAUACCAGUUUUAUGUGGCUUUAAAUUGUUCAGCUUGGGUUUGUGCAAGUACAGUUUAAGUAAUCUUUUUUAAUCUGUGGCCUGGUCUGGUUCCACAGGAAUGUGUCCACAUUUGAUCCCUUCAACCUCUGGAUCUGCAGCAUGGUCACUUUGUGCCCAACAUCCAACUCUCAUUUGUGUGUUUUUAUCAUAACAGGAGGACAGACACCCAUGCACUGCCCCUGACAGAUGCUGUCCUUGUCAAGAUGUUUUGAGGCCAGGGUACUUUCUACCCUGGAUAUGAUGGCCUGAAGCUCAGGGUGUGGACAAUGCAUAUUCUCCUCCUCUUUUUCUUUCAUCCCUUUGUUCGUAUUUCUUGUGGUCCGCUGUGUCGUACAGUGAUUUUUUGUGAUGAAAUAUUGUAUCUGUCUGUUCCAUAUACUGUAUCUGAGGUGAAAAUAUUUAAAUACACAUUCUGUUCUGAUCAUUGUUUAAUUUUGUCCUGCCUCUCCUCUGUGGUUGGGGAAAUACGAUGAAAACUAAAUGAGGUCCAUUGGUGGCCAAGCAGGAAAAUAAAAAUACAAUGGAUAUUAA